CCUGAUCUUCCCUGCGCGGCGCGGCCUGGCCAAGCGCGAUGCAGGCGCUGCGCUCCUUCUUUGCGCCGCCAGCAUCUGCGCCCCUGCCGGCUGCUGACCAGGCCAAGCCGCGGCGACGCACGGCGCUGGUGCAGCACAUCGAGGUCAUCGGCGGCGCAGCCGCGAGCGGCCCCGGGUCCUCGGCACCGCUGCCACCUCGCUUGCAGUCUGCCGUGUCUGCCGCAGCCACGCCGCUUGUGCUGUCGCCGCCGCGUCUGCCGGCGGAGCUGCGCCUGCUCAUCGUCGCCGCCGCCCUCGCCGAGCUCCUCGCGGCGCCGCCCUCGCCUGCGCGCCACCACGCCAUCCUCUCGCUGGCCCUCGCCGAGCGGGCCGCCCUGGCUCUCGUGCUCUCGACACUGCUACGCACGCCACAUCUGCGUGGUACCGGCGCAGUCGAAGGCUUGGAGCGAGUUAUGCGCAAGGCAAUCUAUCGAGAGGCCGCCCGCGGCACACGCCGGCUCGUCGUCUCUUCGGCGCAGCAGCAGGCCGCGCAUGGCGGCGACCGCCAUGCCGGCCUGUUCGCUGCCUCCUCGUCCGCCCAAGCGUUUGCGUCGCAGAUCGCUGCGCCGCUCGCCAGUCUCCUCGGCCAGCUCGUCGCGCUGCAGAGCCUCGUGCUCGCUGCGCCGCCGCGCGCGCUUCUGACGCAUGUCCCUCCGUCCCUGGCGGAGCUGACGUGCACGGGCAGCGUGUACGGCUCCGACGUGCUGCCACUGCUCUUCUCGCGACCGACGCCGCUGCGCCGCCUCACACUGCUCGGGCCGCGCCUCUACCUGCCAGCCGCCACUCUCCGCCUGCUGGCGGCACAGCCGCAGCUGGCUGAGGUAACGCUCUUCCUGCCGCGCCGAGACGUCGACGUGGGCGUGCUGCUGCAGAGCGCCUCGCUGCGCAGCGUGACGAUCGUCGCGCACGAGACGAAGGGCACGACGGGCUAUCGAGGCGGUCUCGAGGGCAGACUGCAGACGCUGACAAGGCGAAAAGGAGCGGGCGCGGUGCAAGUGCGUCUCGUCACUGUCCGCUCGGCUGUCGGCAGGCGCUUGCAGCAACAGGCGGCACAAGGCUCAGCUAGCGCUGGCCGAACGCGCGACGCGCAAGCAUCUGUGGCGCUGAACGCCCCGCAGCACGCAGAUCCAAGUCUGCAGGCGCUCGAGGAGUGGUUCUUCGCGCGCUGUGCGCAAGGCCUGUCCAGCUUCGACUCGUGCGAUGCAGAGGCACCCGAGGCGCGCGAGUCUGAACUCGUGUACGAGGAACGAGAGCAAGCGCAGGUGAUCGACGCGCGCUUCGGCGUUCAGUGCGAGGUGCUGCAGUGGGAUCUGGAGGAGGACGAUGAGGCGGCGCCGCCGGAGCCACAAGAGAGUGCGACGCAACCGCCGAGGCUGCCGCCAGAACGGAUGGAGGCGCUCGACCUGGGCAGCAGCGACGAGGAGCAACUAGACGACGAGGCGCACGAUUACGACUAUUUGGAAUGAACUACAUUCACCUGGCCCGGCCGGAGAGCAGCUGGCGGUGUGUGCUGGUGUUGUGCACGACCGGCACGGAAGACUCGUUCCAUGUCGGGCCAGCC